AUGUCUGAAAACCAACGUUUAGGAUUAUCAGAGGAAGAAGUAGAAGCGGCUGAAGUACUGGGAGUGUUGAAACAAUCAUGCAGGCAGAAGCCACAGCGAUCAGAAGACGUUUCGCAAGGUGACCAAAGGUCGGCAAGUGAGUUGUCAACGACGCCGCUGAACAUCCUGGACCGCGUAAGCAAUAAAAUUAUUAGCAACGUAGUUACCUUCUACGAUGAAAUAAACACCAACAAGAGGCCACUGAAAUCGAUAGGGAGGCUACUGGACGAUGAUGACGACGAGCAUGACGAUUACGACUACAACGACGACGAGUUCUUCACCAACAAGAGACAGAAGCUGUCGCAGGCGAUUGCCAAGGGGAAGGACAACUUGAAAGAGUACAAGCUUAACAUGUCCAUCGAGUCUAAGAAGAGGCUUGUUACGUGCCUGCAUCUUUUAAAGCUGGCUAACAAGCAGCUUUCCGAUAAAGUAUCCUGUUUGCAGGACCUUGUAGAAAAGGAGCAGGUGCACCCUUUGCAUAAGCAAGAUGGAAGUGCUGGGACGACCGCCGGAGCUGGCGAGGACGAUACAUCGUCUGACGAAGAUGAUGACGACGAGGAGUUCUUUGAUGCCUCGGAGCAAGUCAACGCCAGUGAGCAGUCUAUUGUGGUAAAGAUGGAGGUGGUCGGCACAGUCAAGAAAGUUUACUCACUGAUAUCGAAGUUUACAGCAAAUUCGUUGCCGGAGCCCGCAAGGUCCCAGGUUCGAGAAAGCCUGUUAAAUCUGCCCACAAAUUGGUUUGACAGCGUUCACAGUACCUCACUGCCGCAUCACACCUCAUUUCACUAUGCCAACUGUCAAGAACAAAACGUGGAGCUGCAGCAACAACAACAACAACUGCAACGGCAGCAACGGCAGCAACAACUUCUGCAGCAGCAACAGCAGAAAAGGAACAAAGAUGACGGCGAUACACCCCCACCGUCCUCUUCCGUCACCCCGAAUGGGAAAGUGCUCAUUCUCGCCAAAGAGUCCCUAGAAAUGGUGAGGAACGUCAUGGGCGUAGUCGACUCUACGUUGGGCAAGGCUGAAGAAUGGGUGAAGCAGAAACAGGAGGUAAAAGAAAUGAUCAGAGAGCGCUUCCUCCAACAACAGCAACAGUACAGGCAGCAACAGCAGAGAGACGGCAAUUGCAUAAAGCCCUCCCAGGACACCGCGGAGACCAAGGACUAA